AAGGGAGGACCCCUUGGUGAGCUGGUGUUUGUUAAAAAAUCGGAGUGAGAAGUGAAUUGCUGGAGUUUUCUUUAUCACUUUAUUGAUGACAGUGUGGAUCAUAGCCCACAUAUGACUUCCGGCAGUCGAUGAUGUCAAAAUCUUCUCUCGGCAGAAAGAUUGUUUCUGCUAAGGUGACCGACUGGGUGAAUCCAUCAUUUGAUUGCAUCAGCAAAUCUCCCUUACCACAGGUUGCAGACAGAAAGCCAUCUGCUUGUUCAAAGUCAAGUGGUGGGAAUCAGAAAAUUCUUUGGACAGGAAGUGACAAAAAAUUUCAUUCCAAUACCUUAAAUGACACAAAGGAUCAAAAAAGAAUUAAAGUAUCUCAUGUGGAACAGACUUUAAGUCGCUGUAGGCAAAACUCCACCUCAAAUCGCAGUAGUUCCUGGGUGGAUGAAUAUCGACCUCAAGCACAGGGUGAACUUGCGGUUCACAAGAAGAAAAUUGAAGAGGUUGAUAGUUGGCUGAAGGCCCAUACAUCAGAGAGAUGCCAUCGGCAAGAUGGCUCCAUCCUGCUGUUAACAGGUGGCUCAGGCACUGGCAAGACGGCUACCAUACACGUCCUUGUGAAGGAGCUGAGCAUUCAGCUACAGGAAUGGAUAAACCCAUUAUCGCAAGAGAAAUUUAAAGCUUGGGAUGAAUUCGAACACCACUAUAACACUGGCUCCAGUUUCCAAGCGUACAUGGGCAAGCCACAAGCUGUCCAGUUUGAAGAAUUUUUGCUGCGAGCCAGCAAAUAUAAAAAGCUCCAGAUGGUGGGAGACGUUCUGCAUUUGGACAAGAAACUGAUUCUUGUUGAGGAUAUCCCUAAUCAGUUUUAUAGAGAACCCUCUUGUUUGCAUGAUAUCUUACGGAAGUUUGUUCAGACGGCCAGAUGUCCAUUGGUGUUCAUAAUUUCUGACAGCUUCAGUGGAGACAGCAACCAGCGGUUACUCUUCCCUCACGACAUCCAAAAGGAACUAGGUAUCUUCAACAUUAGUUUUAACCCUGUAGCUCCCACAAGCAUGCUGAAAGUUCUAAGCAGAAUAUCCGCUCAAGAGGCAAGCAAGAAAGCUGGCAAGUCUGUUGUUCCUGACAAAGCUGUCCUGGAGAUGCUGUGCAGGGCCAGCGCAGGAGAUAUCAGAAGUGCAAUAAACAGUCUGCAGUUUACGUUGGUGAAAGGCUGCCCAUUGGAACAGAGUCAGUUGCCAAAGAGUAAAGGAAAAUCUUCAGUAAGAACUGGUACAUCUUUGGGACGAAAGUAUAAAGAAAAGUCUUCAAAGGCACAUGAAAAUGUGAGUGCCCUACCUGCCAUUGGAGGCAAGGACCAAUCCCUCUUCCUUUUUCGAGCUCUGGGAAAAAUUAUGUAUUGUAAACGAGAGCCAUCCAGUGACGUGCAUUUGAAUCCAUUACCAACUCAUUUAUCUGAGCAUCAGAGGGAUCCGCUCCUGGUCAAUCCAGAGGAGGUAAUUGAAAAUUCACAUAUGUCUGAGGAGUUGUUUAAUCUUUACCUCCACCAGAAUUAUGUUGAUUUCUUCAGUGACAUAGAUGACAUAGUGCGUGCUAGUGACUACCUCAGUGAUGCGGACUUCCUAACAGUAGAUUGGAGUCAUCGUUCAACCAUGUGGAAAUAUAGUGCGUCUGUGGCAACCAGAGGGCUGAUUCAUUCCAACAGAGCUCGAGCUUGGGCUAAUUGUAAAGGAGGAGCUGGUUUCAAACCUUUGCACAAACCACAGUGGCUAUCGAUAAACAAAAAGUAUAAAGAAAAUUGUCUUGCCGCCAAAGGUUUCUUCUCGAACUUCUGUUUAGCCCCACUUUGCCUUCAGACUGAGCUAUUACCAUACCUAGCGCUACUGACAAACCCCAUGAGAAAUCAAGCACAAAUUAAUUUUAUUCACGAUGUGGGAAGGUUUCCAUUCAAGCGAUACUCUACAAGGCCGGCAUUGGAAGCUUUAACGGAUAAAGAUCCUGGUAUUGUGGAGCUCAGUCACGAGGAAGAGGACUGUUGGCGGCCUCAGCCAUUAGUGACACAGGAACAGACAGCAGCAAGCACACAAGAGCCUCAGACCACGUACUCUGCAGGUGUUGCCGGCCAGUGCGGUGGAGGGGACCUGCCGAGCAGCCAGCCGCAACCUACCAUAACACAAGCCUUUCUCGAGGACGAGGAGCUAAUAAUUGAGGAAUAUGAUAGUGACUAAUGUAGAAGUUUUCUUCUGGACUAACUUACGGGUAGAUGCAUAUUUAUUUUUAAUUAUUGAAAUUCUGAUAAAUAAUAGUUCAAGAGCAUUUUUUUUGGCAAAUGAAAAUGCUGCUGAAACCAGAGUAACUAAAAAAGAGUAUUUGAAUUACGCUGAGCAUGAAAAUAAUGUUUACAUAAACAUGCCCAAAACUCUGGAGCUAUCAGACAUCAUUUAAUUUCUCCAUAGCUCACUAACAUCUACUGACAGUGCAGUCCCUCAGUGGAUUGAAUAGAACCAUUUCCGUCAGUACCAAAGGGAUCUACCUGUUGUACAGGAAACAGUCUUGAUCAAAUGCUUUCGCUAAAUAUUCACACUUAUGCCAAAUUUCUUUUCAUCAUUUUUGUCAGUGUCGUGCAUGUUUUUUUUCUUUGCUUUUAUUGAGCCUGUUUAUAUAAAAAGUUGAAAAUUGAAUCAUUUCGUUUUCAAAGAGUUUAGAUAUGCAAAUGAAGUUAUUGGAACAAUUAUAAAUAAUAUUUAUAUUUAUGUUUGAGAUUGCUUCUGGUGAACAAAAUAAAAGGGCAUCAAGUCCCUCUUCAGCACCCUGAGCCUAAUACCUAAAUUGGUCAUGUGCAGUUCUGAGUAGAUUGACAUUUUAUUUCAGUGUAAAAUGCACCGAGUCAUACAGAAACGUUACUCCAAGUUACACUUACAUCUUCUAAUGACCACAGCGAUGCUUGGUUUGUUAUAUUUGUAUAGUUAUUUAAAUCUUUGUCAAAGAUCAUUCUCAAUAGUUCAAUCUUCUCUUAUAGUUUUUUAUUAUCUACAUUGUAUACUUUCUCACAAAGUAUUCAGCAAAACCUUUAAAUUGUUUAAUAUUGUAAAUAUCUUCACAUGGCCACCUGUCUUCUCUUUCCAAUGUUGGCAGUACUAUCACUUGAUAACAUCAAAUCAAGUUGUGGAUUUCAUAGAUUAUUAACUAGUCUGGAACUAAUACACAGGAAUAAAUAAAUACGACGUGGCUCCCGACAGCUUCAGUAUCA